CUCCCUCCUAAACACUCCAAACAGCCAGAGCCGCAAGAAGAGAAGUGAAAGAGGAGUUUGAGAAUCAACAGGCAGUCUGACCAAUUCGUUUCUUUCUGUGCUGUACACUCAAACUUUUGGAAAGUCUACCAAGAAUGGAAGCAUCUGCAGUGACUUUACAAUCACGACAACUCACUGUCAUGUGGAAGUACUUCAGUCGACUCUUGUUGUUGAUGCACUGAACAUGGCAAGUCUCUUAGCACGAAGCCCAGGGAGACUGUCGAGAGAGGAUUAUGCGGACCAAAUAUGAAAAAAACUUUUUGAGUGACUGAGGAGAAACUCCUGCAAAGAUGGUAAAGUGAAAUCUAAGUUUUACUCCUGUUCUGUUUUUGUCUGUUGUUACCUUUUGGUUUAGGUGUAUUGUUGCUCCACUGACCCAGUAACUGAGAGCUCAGUCUCAGCCUUGAGGGUUGAGGGUUGGACAAGUGACUUUGUUUUGUCUCUGUAGCUUUGCCAGGCAUGUGUGACUGAAGUUUUAUGAGCCUCAAACGAUGAAAAACAAAGAGUAUUCCAGUGCUUUUAGCUGCAUUUUUCUCAUGCAAGUUGCUUUAUCUUCUUUUUAUGAAACUUUAUUUUUGAGACAAAGGCAACACAGAGUUAAUGUUACUGCACUCAAACCCUUUGUGUUAUCCUGAGCACAGUUGGUGGGACUGUUCUACAUCAACAGCCUUAAAAGCAUCCCAAGCCUCUUGAAGUGUUUGUAUUAACAAAGAAGGACAGACAUCGCAGGUCAUGUUGUCUUUUGUUUUGCAUUUCAGUUCUUAUAUUAGGGCUUGAUUGAUGCAGAAAGAGCAGGAACAUUAUUGAGAGGAGAGUGUUUUGUUGUUUAUAUUAAUUGAGUACUUUGCAUGUAUGCAUAAUGGAAUUCCGCUGUUCAGGCUUUGGCAGUUUUAAAGACUCCAACAAGAGGGCUUUUUACGAUGACAGAGGACCAGACUAAUUCUGGUUACAGCCGGAGCUAAUUAAUGACAUUGAAUGUGUCAUAAAAUGCGAAGAUGUCAAACUUUUACAAGUGCUGGAAGCAAGGGUGUCUUUCUCUGAACUUUUACUCCACUUACAAUAUACUUGUAAAAUGCAUGGUAAAUACCCUGCCUGUACUCUCGAGCAUUUGAUAAAGUGCUCAUUUGAUGACAGCCGGAAUUCACACAGUUGUCAUGGUAUUCAGUAUUUUGUUUACCAAGUGUAUCUUUUGUCUUUUUAUGGAAAGCAGGUAGACCCUUAACAUCUUCCCAGGCGUGCCAGAAUAAUUUACAGACAGCGGGAAGGAUGUUUAAAGAAGUCCAGACAUGGCCACCAGUGGACUUUGUCCUCCCUCGCAGCACUUGUUUGACCAGCUUUUACAGCCCCAGAUGUUUGUUUAACUUAUUACAAGACUGAUGUUGUUUUCCCUGACCACCCUCCAACUUCCAGUCAGGAGCCUACAGAGCCUGAAUUAUUAGAUUACUGCGCCAUGUGUGACCAAAUGUGUCUAUCUUAAGUAAACACUCAGCAUUAUACAAAACCCAGAGCCUUUAGUUACUGGUGUUCAAUCUGUUUGCAUUUAGUUACUGUGUGACAAGUACAGCACAGAGUCAUUCAUUCACAGGGAAGGUCAAGAGCUUUCAUCUUGAGGCCUUUGUGAAGCAGCUGCCUUGGUUUGUUGUACUGUAAGCAUGGCAGUCUGGUGCAGUGCUGGUAUGUUUUUCCAGUUUGUGCUUGUUGCAGUUUUCAAAGUGCAUUUGCAUAAACUUUUACUGAGUACAAGAUAAUGCAAAUCAUCAAAGUAUGAUUGAGACUUGCUGUCGGGUUUUGGGUGCAGUCCCCCAUGUCUUUCCUCUGCGAUCCAUCACAAACUAUAAAGACAGUAAUAAGCAGGUUUGUUCAAGAGGGACAGGCAAACAGCAGUAAAUUUAGCCUUUACAAGGCAAAACAUGCUUUUAGACUUUUUUCGAUUCGUCACAAGGAGAAUUUAUUGCUUUUUAGGGGGCAGAGCAGCAAAAUAAUUUUCAACAUGAAGCAUAAAAACAAGCAAUAUAAGCAUUUUAUUACUGUGCUGUUAGAUGCUGUUAAAUGUUCAAAAUUGACUCUUUGCUCUGAAUUAAAGGCUGGUAGAAAUAUCGAGCUCCUUAGCUGCUGACUUAAUGGUACUAAAGUGGAGGCAGUAGAGCAAGUGCAGCUCUUGAGACCAAGACAAAUGGCCCCAAGAGCAAGGGAUCAAGUUUAUGUGUCAUGUGGUAUGGUAUGGUAUCUUAAUGACUUAAUUAUUAAAGACCCUAAAAACUGCAGACAGUUCUUAACAAAGAGCUGUCUGUCACAGGAAGCAUCAUGUAUGGUGAACAGGUGGUGGCGUAAAUGAGGAUUCUGACAGGGUGAACAGAAUACCAUUUUAUCCCACUUAUAUUCAGGCUACCCAUGGCAGACAUCUAGAAGUUUAUACAAAAUACUGAUUUGAAUAAAUUUAUUGAUGUAAAGAUUUUUUAUCUAUUCAGCCAAAAAAGUAGUCCCUCCUCCAACUCUGUGGUGCUUUGACCGCAGCUGAUACUCAUCAGCCUCUUUGCCCUGCUCUGUUGUCAUUCAGUUCUUCUUCUUCCAGGAGUUUUGCAGUUGACACAUCUGUCUUUUCAUCAACGGUAACAUUUAAGGUUUAAGUUACUGUAUCUGUUGGACACACUAUUUUAAAGCCUCUGAAAUUUCAACUGACUGACUUUGCAGGUCCUGGCUUUAAGGGGUCACAUCUGUGUCUCCCUCUCUUUAACAGCCAUGGGAGCGUCAUCAGCAGCUCCUUCCUUUGCCUGCAGCAAGUCAACACAUUUUUACAAUACCAGUGCCUGUGCUCUCUUUUCACAGACAAAAAAUGACUUCCUUCCCACUACUCCAAUUGCUGUGAUUUUGCCAAAUUUCUACGCAGAGAGGCUGGGAAAAUCCAUACAAUAAUCCAAAGUGAUUUACAGAGAAAAUAUGGAUAAUCACAAACAUCUGCAUUGUGGAUCUUUAUUAACUUACAUCCUUUUUUUUUGCAACAGUCAGCAAGUCAAAGUUCUUAAAACUGUCAUGAAGCUGUGAGACAUAUUUUCAGUGUGUUUAUUAUCUCUGUUUCACAAAAGUGGGUCAAAUUCAACAGAGCCUGUCCAGUGUAUUUUCAAAACAGAGUCACUGCCAAAAGUUGGAGGGGAAACGUCUGUGCAGCUAUAGGCAGUCUGGGAGUCCUUUUUUCAGCAACCAUUGUUUCCAGGAACAUAGCUACUGUAAUGUUGUCGUUUCCUACCCAGACUGUGUUGGAAAGAUACUGGUCUCCAGACUCAAGAUAAGUCUUUACAUGCUUGAAAUCAGACUUGUUGAAUAACUUUAAUCAAACUGGUUUGGCAGAGCAUGAUGUGACAACUAUGUCACAUCAUGUGACUCUAUUUUCAAACUUAGUUUGCUGUGCAACUGGUUUGAAAAACUCAAGGCUCUAUUUUCCAUCCUUGACUUGUGUUUUUCCUAAUGUGGAGGAUAUCCUGAAUGGAUUUUGAGAAAACUUUGCACAGCUCUAGGUUGAGAGCAGCACAUGUCAUUGUUUAAAACACACCUCAGGAAAGUAUUCACUGCUAAUCCCAUGUGCUGGGGCUAAAUGGAUCAAACUUUUAUGUAUGUUAGUGAUCUGUUGUAUUUUUGGGCGGUUUUGUUCUUAGGGUGAACUUUAAGGGAGAUAUUACAUAUUGAAAAACUCCUCAAGAAGUGAACUUUUUGAAACUUAUUCCUGCCAUAAGUCGAAAUGUCAGCUUAGAUCUAUUUGGUUUUGUUCAGUCAUGUUAAAUGGGAGCAGCUUUUGAACCAAGUCCCAGGAAAGAGUUAACUCAGGUCUUUGAAAUUUCUGUAAAAGCCACAGUAGUGCCUUUUUAACUCCACACCUAUCCUGAGGUAGUGUUUACAAAAUACAUCAAACCGGCAUGAUAAGAAGCGAGACAAUCAGUCUUUUUAUUGAACGCAUCUACGGUUGAGAGAUCCAUGGCACCCAGGCAUCAAUUCAGAGAACAGGUUUUGAGAGUAACACUUCAGGACAUGUAAUCUGUGGGGCUGUGAGUCAGGGUUUCUGUUUUCAAAAAAAAGAUGACAGCAGAGAUUCAUACCUGUUCACACACUUGGUCGAUUGUUCUCCACAAUCCUAAAAGAUGAGUGUUGCAGAAUAACCAUCCGCUCUUGAUAAUUGACCGUAUCUCUCUUUUCCUCUCUUUGUAUCUUUCUUUCUCAUAUAUGCUUUGAGUAAUUGUGCUCUGCAGAGAAAAGAGAAAGAAAGAAGAUAACAGGCAUUGUUACGGAAGCGUAAGAGCUUUAUUCCUCUUUAGGGGAUAAAUUCAUAGAGCAGACUUUGCUGACGAUUAUUCUGUUAAGCAGUUUUUGUUUAUUCCUGUUUCAACUGACCAGAAGUGCCAUUUGCUUCUUUUCAUUGUAAAAGCAAGUUUGUUAUUGAGUAAGGAAGACACAAGGCUGUAAAAAAGGUGAAAUAAAAGCAUCCAAACUCAUGUUUUUUGUGCAAUCUCUCCACUAAAGCUUGAUCACAGACAAAAAAAUCACUCCCUUAACCCAGAAUAAUUCAUCCUAAAUUAUCACGGGUUGGGUGUAUUGUUACAUCCCUAUUGUAUCUUGCAGGAUAUGAGAACAAUGGCCAAAUGAGACACCUAAAACAUGACGUAUUCACUUUAAGCAGACAUCUUAGCUUUAAGCUGCAAAACGGAUGUGUGAAUAAGUGAAUGAAUAAGGAAAUUCUGCCAGAUUGAAGCUUUGCAAACACACACCCUGUUUACUCCUGGCAGUAGUGACUCUUUGAAUGAUGUAGCAGUUGGGUCUUUUCAUCGAAUAUAAGGAUUGGAAAUGGCUUAACUGAAUGGAGAGCCCUUCUGCUGAGUUUAACAAGAGUGGAUCAAACACAAAGGAAGCACUGUCUUGCUGCCAAACAGGAGACACUGAAUGAUAAAAGAGGAAAUAAAAGUGCCAUGGGAUGAGUAUUAACCGAGAUACUGGUGUCUUUUUCAUGAGCAUGUCAUUACUUUGAGACCCUCUUGUUUUCAUGUUUGUGUGAAACCCAUUUUGUUGUUCUGAAUGAAUUAAAAAAGGGAAAAUUCUUUAACUACAUAGCUCACUUGAUGUUUGGGGGGGGGGGGGGGGUAUUUUCUCCUUAGGGGGGCAUUUCCCAUCAGCCCUCUGUGUCAGCACUGAGACUGUUGAUGUGUCAUCUUUGAACAUUGCACAUUUUUGCAUUUCUGCAGGCCUGUACAUGCAGCAGUCAGGUUUUCAUCAGCAUUUACUGGCAGCUCUUGACUGAACUGUCACUUCUGCUCAGGUUCUGGCUUUAGAGGUAUACAGACAAAUGUUAGUUUCUUUGAGAAAAUGUCAUGACCCGUAGAAAAACACACCAACGAAUCCAUUCAGCAUGUCCCGUCACGAGCUCUGUCCAUCUAGUUAAUCUCUUCAUGAUGACAUCCUGGUCAGCUUUACUGGCCUUAAUCUUUUUAGGCCUUUGUGGCUGAUGACACACACACACACUGUGCUUUACACACCUUGACAAGUUGUUUAUACUUUGGCCAAAAUCUCGGUCCUGCCUUCUUUGGCCAAAGCUCGAGGCAAUACAGAGAAACCUGCAAUUAUCUGCUUAAAACUCCAAACUCAAAAGUCUCCCGGGGGGCCAAGACAAGACAAAAAGAGAGUCAGCCUUCAUAACAAAUGUCUGUUGUCCGGCCUAGCAUGCCAGUUCAGGUCAAACAAUGAUCUUUGUCACAGAUUUGAGAUAUUUCUAGGGUUAAACCGCAGGCAGAGGGCAGAGAGGGAAUCCCCUUGUGUUGAAUGUUUGGAGGAGGCGGCAGAGGAAUGUGGUCGUCAGCUGGACGUCUCUGCAUGCCAAGACAAAGAUUCAGGGUUUAACUUUGAUUGAAUUCUCCUCAGUGGUUUCAUUUAUAGUUAAAAAGAAGUGGCAGCUCUGUUUCUGUCAUCAUGAGUAAAACGUAGUAAACUACUGCACACUGAUAUUUGGUAAGAAACACCAAAUAUCAGUCUUCAGAACAAUGAUGGUGAGUUAAAGUGUCUGGAUGCUCAUAUAUAACAACAAAUAUUGGAUCAUCAGUAGUUUGUGCAAUGGGAGGCUUUUACAAACACAAAGACUGUGUGCUUUUGAAGGGGGUUUCUGCUGUUUGACCACAAACAUGGAGGAUCUCUUUGGAUGUGGGCAUAUACAUUUAUAAAGGCCAACAACCAAUCAGAUUUACGUAGCAUGUGACGUAGUGCAUAGCCACAGAAAUGUAAACAGAGAGCAGCAUACAGGAGGAAAUUACACAUCUCUCUUACUAAUAAAUAAUGAAUUUGCAGUUAUUUGACCUUGUUCCAGAAAAAAUACAUCAUGCAGUUUAUAUAAAAAUGGCAAACAAACAAAUUCAGCAGACCUUUCAGUGGCAGAAGUGGGCAUCAUAUGAAUACACUGAAGUAUCAUUCCUGCCAUGUCAUUGUAAGUAAAGGACUGUGAGUGGUUCAGUUUCUCUGCACAGAGGGGAAAUCGUGUGGAAAGACAGGGGUUCAAGACUCAUACCAGCAGAAAUGAAUAUAAGUUGGCUGAUGGGUCAGGUGAUCAUUUUCACCUGUAAGCUUGAAACAUUGGUGAAGUAAUAAUCCGCAAAAACUUGUGUGAAAUAGGUGUGGGUUUUUACCAUAGACUGUAUAUAGAUUGGACGCCGUCUGCCUCCUCAAUGGGUGAAACCAUCCUGAGAACAGCACCCUCUGGUGACGGGCUGCAGUAUAGGUCAUAAAUCCCGCCUCCACCAGCCAUCCUUAUGGAGCUGCAGACAAACUUUAGAAAUUUAUUACACAGAAUUUAAACUUUUCCCCCCCUUGCUUGCGAUGUUGACAUGUAGUUGUAAGACUGGUUUGUGCUCACAGUGACUCGGCAACUCUCCCGCCGAAUUCGUACAACGCUACUGCGCAAUGUUGGUUUCAGUACGUGGAGAAAAAAACGUGAAAAUACAGAGAGCUAUUUGGUUUCAAAUCCGUACACUGGCAGAAGGUAGAACCAAGUUGUCCAUAGUAUACACAGUCUAUGAUUUCUACAUGUUUGCAGACUAAUUAGUUUAAACUAAACAGGUUUAACGUCCUCUAGAUACUCUAACACAGUGGUUCUUAACCUUGUUUGAGGUACCGAACCCAGCAGUUUCAUAUGCACUUUCACCGAACCCUUCUCGAAUUUACAUAAUGAGUCAGGUGUGUCUUGACCUCCGUGGCAGAGGCUCCGCCGAACCCCUGAGACUGACUCACCAAACCCCUAGGGUUCGAUAGAACCCUGGUUAAGAACCACUGCUCUAACAACAACCGGCUGAAGUACGCUGCAGUUCUAGAAAAUAAGCUCUUUGCACUGAACGUUUCAAGCAAUUUAGUUGGACAAAAAGUGUAAAAACAUCCACAAUGAGACAUUUUUGUUCGUGUUAUUAAUGCACCAACUUCAGGAACUAAAUCUUGAUAUGUCCGCUUGUGAGGAUAUCACACCCUCUUUUAAAGCAAUAGGAUGUGAGUUGAGCUUAUUUAUUUUUCGAUUUGCACUCUACCAGAUCCAAAACUGCUUCCUUGCUAAACUGUGCAGCUUGGCAGUAUUUUGCAGGUUUCUAACUGUAUAUAGGUAAAGGGGUUAUCAUACUAUUAUUAUGAGUAUGAUUAUGAAGCAGAUACCGCUCAAAACACAAUCUCUUUUCUCAGAAGACUGGACACUGAGGCUUUAACAGUUCGGCCCUGUUUGGCAUGUUAUCUGGCGGUUUGUCAGAGCUAAUGAAACCCAGAGGAACUCACAACAUCAACAGCUACCCUCCUUACCCUCUGUUCAUUUGGCUGACUGAUCUGUUUGAGCCAGGUCCAGCUGAGCUGUGCUUAGUAAAAUCUCAAGAGGCUCCCACUCACAUGAAUAUCACCGAACAAACCUCCCACAGAGACAGGUUAAAGUCAGGGCAGAGGGAAACGUCUCACACUUCUUUGUUUUGAGAGGUUUAUUCAGGAAUGACGAUUUAAUAUAUUAGCCAAAGUGUUAACAAUAAGAGGUCUAGAUUUCCUAUUAAGUUCCUAUUGGAUUGACUUGAAGAUUUACUAAAGCACCGAUGCUUAACAACACUCACUCGAACAACACUAUCACUGUUUACUGAAUGUUUCAUGCCAGUACUGUAACCACAGAGUUGUUUUUGUACCAAAUAGGACCUCUGGAUUGUCGCUAGCUCUAAGAGAUACAGUAGAAGUCAGAGUUGAAUAGCUGCAGUCAGCCUAAAACAGCUGUGAUGCAUUACCACACAAGAUCCUGCCUCUGAGGUAUUCUGCUCUCCAUUUCCUAAUCUGUUGAGACAGAUGUGCACAAUCAGAGAAAGAAAGAAUUCUUUUCCAGUGAAGACAUUCAGUGUCUACAUGAGAUAUAAAGACUGUGAAUAUCUGUUCAAAUAUUGAUCCUGAUUAACAUCCAACAUUCCACGUUUACUGUCGUGAUGAAUGUUAGCUUCAUGCUAAGACAUUUCAGAUACUUUAUUUGAACUAAAUCAUUUGUAUCCAAAAGAACAAUGCCAGGUUCAAACUAGACUCAAUUGUUUGAAUCAUAGUUAAAUGGUAAAAGCUGCAGACAAUGAUUCAUGAAGAAACUUUUCAACCUCUGCUCCUGAUCUUUCCAACAUUUGUUGCUAGUGCCAACACAAGCAUCCUUUUAGCUCAACAGGCAGCGCAGUCCCAGAGCUAACCAGAGUGAGGUCUUUGAAGCUGCUGGACUUGUGUUUAUCCAGGGCACGUCCUUGGUCCUUGUUAGGCCAUCAAGCUAAAUGAGGAGGGGGCUAAAAACAGAGUCUUUUGUGGGGAAAGGGAGAUUAACACAGCAGGCCACUGUGAACUAGUUUUAUGAAUAGCACGCCUGCUGUGGUUAGUGGCUAAGACCUGCUCCGGUCCAAAAUAGAUUUCAAGUCACUUUCUUUUGCAAAUCAUUUUUUUGUUUACAAGUACAGAAAUAAAUUCAUUUAACAGGAGGUGUACUGUGUGUGUCUGAAAGAACAAAAUUGUAUUUUUCAAUCUGCUCUGUAGGUGCUUAAUGACAAAUAUUAUUGCUGAUCAUUAAAUAAAUUACUCUGCACUUCUGCCUGACACACACUGUAAUUUGGUCUCCACAGAAAGCAACUUUGUUUUUAUCUAUAAGGGAUUAACCCUUUAACAAAGAUACACACUUUCUCUUGAUGUUCAAUUUUAAAUUUAAAUACUGUGAAUUAAAAUAACAGGAAAACAUGGCAAACAGGCAUGUGUUUCAUCUUUUAUUAAACCAUUUUAAUGUACUUACAUGUUGAUUUUUAGUUGGUUUGGAAAUUUUCUUUGACACCAAACAGGCAGGCAAACACAGAAAAAAAAAACAGUUUUAUGUUUGAUAGUUGAUUUAUUCAUAUCUUACCAAACCCAUGCCCUUUGUUCAUCUAAAUAAACAUUUGUGUCCUGGUGAGCGUCACUCAAAGCUUAUAUGUUCUAAGGAUACCCAGUGCAGACAUCUUUUUGUGCACGACCCUGAGUGUUGCUCUUGACAGAACAUCAUGUUGUUUGAUACAGACGCAUCACAAUUGACACUUUUGAUCAAUCCGCUCAUGUUUCUUUCUUUCUUUGCUUCAUCGUCUCACUUUGAAUGAGAUCAGACACUGACCCUGGCUUGCUACAAGUGCACUAUUUCAAUGAAGCAUUCCCUGGCCAGACAUGAAAGAGGUUGCAGGACGGACUUAAUCAUCUCAAGAUAAAGUAAAAGAAAACUCUGAAGGAACCCCAACAACAAUCCUCUCUUGAUCCCCUAAACAUGACAGGUUUAGAUUUACCUCAAAGCCCAGUAUCAAAAGCACAGAUUUGUACAUCAUGCAAAGAUUUUGAUGCUUUCAAUUUUAUUUUCUUGCAGGUUUUAUGUCUUACAGAUGUUUCUUCCUGUUAUAUAAAGCAUUCGCUACCUUUUCUUUGUUCUCCUUCUUGACACCAAAACCUCUCUGAUGGUUCCAAACAAACACAGCCAGAGCGGAGAGGCCAAAAAUUCUCUUGUGUUGUGGUUUUGCAGUUGUGGAGUAUUUGUUCUAAAAAAUUCUCUUCUAUACAGAUCACGUUCAAGUAAAUCAGUGUGAGAGGUAGUCAAGUUGCAAAUGGUUCACAUUUCACACUCAGGUCAGGGCACUGUUUACCCACACAGCUGUGAGCCAAAAUUUGCACAGGCCAGGUCACCAAAAGCAGGUUGACUGUAGCUAGAGCAUAGUAAGAUGAAUAAAAAGUUUAGCUAUCAGGGGUAAAAAAUUAAAAAGUAAACUUUACAGAAACAUUCUGAGGGCAAGUGGUUUGAAAUCUUUGGUACAUUUAUAAUGAAGUUUGGGUCCACUUGUUUGAGUGAUAUUUAAUUUAGUCUUUUUUCCCCUCCUCUAACUGUGGCCAACUUUCCCCACUCACUUCAGAUUGCUGGCAGGUUGUCUUACCUUGCUGCGGCAUAUUCAUAUUUCCUGUUAAAUAAAAUUAAUGUUGCUAGAAAUUACAGAAGCCAUUAAAAAUCCAUCCAAUGAAGUUUUGGACUGUAUCCAACGCUAUGAAAAAGCGGCAAUACUAGGACUUUAUUUUAAAGGCUGCUGCUUCAUUUAAACAGUCUGGUAUAGAAGAUUUAUUUUGCUUUUAUUACGUAUUUUACUGUUCACAAAUGCCUUUGUUUAAAGGUCAGAACAUUUUUUAUUCAAACAGACGGUGAUUAUACCACUCCUGUAUUCAUGCUGCCACAGUGGUGCUCUGUUAACUUCCUAUUACACACAGAGUAGCUGGAUGCGUAGUGGUUUUUGAUUUAGUAAUCCUAAUCAGAAUUUAAAUUUAAAUGUCAGUUUGGGGUUUUUAACGAGAUUAUGUGGCUGUAAAACACAAGAAUGUGAAAAAGUAGGUCAAAAUUACAGAAGUCAUUAAAAAAGUGACUGGACAUGCAGUAUUUUCCCUUUUAGGAGAAUAUUUUCCAUUAUUCUGUUAGAAAGCACAAUGCUUUGUACUUGAUAUAUUCUUAUUUUAUACAUUUUGCUAUAACUGGUACUCCAUCGCUUCUUGCUCUCCUCAGAAUCCAGAAUCUCUGGACUCGUCCAUCCAGAGCGCCCUCUCGGCCCUCUUCCCACCUUUUGAUGCCACAGCGCCUAUUGUCCUCAGCCAGCUGUUUCGCACCAUUGAUGAACGUUUCCACGGUGAUGCUUUACAGUGCCUGCUGGACUUCCUCAUCCCCUCCAAACACUUGCUGGAAAGUGUCCAACAGGCAGCAUGUGUGAGUACCUGUUCUUUAAAAGCUUACAUCUGCAUUAUCCGUCUUACUCACCUGUGAACUCAUCUUUGGAGACUCCAGUAGUUGGUGGUAAUACUGGGGACUGUCAGAUAUACAGCAUAAAGUCCACUCUGUACACUCUAAUAAAGAAAAAAUUGGUUUAAAUCACUCUUUGCAUGAGCUUAUCUGCGAUAGUUCAUCUUAGGAAUCAUAUUUUCUCUCUGAGUCAUAUCUCUGAGUGUUAUAUCAUACACAGACUUUUCAAAUUAAGUGAGAAAUAUUACCAUUGCUGAAGACCACGGAGGAUACAUCUUCACGCUUACUGAGGAGAAAAUGAUCAAAACCGCACCCUCUCAUCAUCAUCCUUGAAGCUAUGGUCUCUUGUUUCCUCUAAGUUCCAAACUAAACCCCACCCAAUUCCCCCAAGAGACCCCUUCCUUACUUCACUGACAAGCACAACAGCACUCACCCUGCAUAUAAAAGCAGAUAAACCACGUUUGAUUCAAACCCUCAUAUCCUCAAAGACCAUCAAAUUGAAAUUCUUUUUUGUUUAGUUUUUUGCCUUUCUUCUUUUUUUCAGCAAAUAUAAUGUCAUUGUUGUGUUAUAAAUCUCUUUUUGACUUCCAGCAGCACACUAAUUAUGUUCUUCACUUGCAUUAUUAUCACAUUUUUGCACGGUAAAAAAAUAAUCAUGGGAAAGACAAAAAGUAGGAAAUCUCUAUUAUCAUAUUUAGCCUUUUUCUUUCUUUUAACCUUUAUCACUUUUUAGAUUUUUCUUAUUUAUCAAAGUAACAAAGAUAUAUUUUAAAGGACAUCCAUGAGUGUACCUCAGCUUUGUACUGCAGUACUUACACUAAUUUGGCACGCAAUGAAAGGACAGAACUGCCAAAUGUUCCAAAAUAAAGUGAAUAUUUGUUAAAUUUGCCACUCACAAUGUGACUCCCUGACUCCAUGGCAACAAUUAUUUCCUCUGUACAUAAUCCAAGACAAUAAUUCACAUGGAAACACAGAAACUAUACAUUAAAAAAUGGCGGCAUAAAAAGCUUCACUUUGUCUAAAUGGACAGAACUUCCCAUUAAACUAAUUAUCUUCAGGACAGUCGGGCUGGGAAGCUCAAAUUCUGUUCGUUUGUGGUAUUCCCUCGUAAUAUAAGUCAUAGACACCUGUACAAUUUCUUAUAAUUUCUAGGAUUAAUUAACAACUGAAAUGAAUUUAGGUAGUGAAAACCUGAGGGUAAAUCAAGCCAUACCCAUCGUUGAAAAUAAAGAAUCCAAAAAGAAAUAACAGCAACUGCUCAUGUUGGCAUUGUACUGUACUGCUUUAAGGCUCAUAAUACCAUAAACUGACUCUUUUCUCAUACUGCUGUUUAUUGAUAUCAAGAUGUAUUCGCCAAAAGUGGAUUUAGCACUAGUUAACUAACGGGAACUAAUGUAUUCCAGAUCCAAACCCAACAUGUUUAUUGUUGUUUUAAAUAUAAGAAAAAUUCAAUAUGUCCUAAUUGGUUGGUAGCCGUGUAUUGUCUUUUCAGUUACCAAAAAAUCAAGAGGAAGUGAAGGUGUUUGUAUUUUUCACCCCUCUUAACCAAAAGUUUAUCAUAAUGAUAACAUUUUAGCUUCAGACCCUGAGAUUGACAUGAGAGUAGGAUAUUUUUGACUGUGACUGUCUGUGACACAAACAAAGAUAAUGUCAUGAAUCUGAAACUGAGCUCUUGUUGUUCCAGGCUGGAUACUCAGACGUAGUUUUCCGUUGUGAAGGCUGGCCUCUGUGUCUCCGUGACAAAACCGUCGUUCAGCUGGCACCUGUGAACCCUUUGCUGCUACGCCCUGGAGACUUCUAUCUACAGGUGGAGCCUUUCGGGGACCAAGCAGCUCGCAUUGUCCUCAAAAGCCUUCUGGAGGAGGGCUGUCGAGAAGUGGAGGAGACCCCCAUCCCUGAGACUUCUUAUCCAUGUAUCUUCACAGAGGAGUGGCUACAGGAUAUCAAUGAAGGACGGCAUGGGACUCCUCUGUCACGCUGCUUACUUUGCACAGAUCAAGGAGUCAUCAAGCUACCCUGGGCUCAAAUUGCCAUCCCGGAGUUUUUAGAUAAGCCAAAAGUAAUGCACUCGUACAGGGAAGCCCCUCCAGAACCAAAACAGACUUCAGGCCCCUCUCACUUUAACUCCUCCACUCUCCCAGUGGAGGCAAUAUUUCUUCCUUCAAAGGACAGGAUGGCCGCCUCUUUGAGACCUCCAGACUCUUCCAAGCUUGUCAAAAUGGUCCACGCGAGACGACUCCCAAAGUCAUGCGCCAAGCCUUUAAUCAAACCGGUGGGUUGGGUUUCUCCAAACACCUGGGACAGACCCAGCUAUCAAGAGAUUGAGGGUGACUACGUAGACCUGGUGGAUGUUGCAAAAGAAAAGGACCAACCAAAUCCACCCAAUUCAGUUUCAUUCAAACCCGUCAGAUCUCCUCCACCCGUACCUCUUGGGAAUUCUUGUGGACGUACAUUGCAGUUUGCAGAGGAGCCUUGCACACCAUGCAGCCAGAGAAAGCUGGGGCAUGAGGACUCUGAUGAAGAGCUGAAGUGUCGGUACAGAGACUCGUAUGUAGCAGCACUGAGAAACCCCGUCCCUUUUGAGAGAGGGAGCGCAGAACUCCUGGCUGCCCUGGAGGAAGCCAGCAUUUGUGAAGAGGUAGAGUUAAGAUCCAAGGGUGCAUUUGAUGCACAAAAACCUGGAAUCCUUUGUAACCACUGUAAUAAACCUAGGAUGAGUAAUGAGCCCUGCCAGUAUAGACACAGCGGAGAACCUGUAGCACCCAAAGACCCUCCAAGUUUUGAACCAGAAAACCUUAUGAAGGAACCGCCCCUGGUCUUAAAAUCAACCCCUGGUUUGAGCUACAGUCAAAAAGUUCAGAUGAAACUUAUUUCCCAGCAUCCUGGACACAAUGCUCCUGUUCUUCCAGGAUCUGAGGGGGGCCUUAGAAACUGUCAUGGUGACAUCAAACCACAUCAAAGCGCAGAGAUGGCAAAGCCUUCAGGGAAGCACAAAGUUAAGGUCAGGUCACUGUCCACUGUCUCUGAAACCUCCAAAGGGAGUCCACCUCUCUACAAGCUCAACAACAGGAGCCACAGUGAUAUCUGCCCUGAAACAAUCAGCAGCAUUAUACACUGUAAGAAAGGGGAGCUAUUGGAUCAGGUGACUCAGAAGCUGGAGAGGAGGAAGUCACCUAAAAAAGGUAAGCAAGCAGACAAGUUAAGGCUGAUCUUAUUUGAUAAAACUCUUGCUUCGUCCUUUUGUUCUCUUUGAAUCCCACCCACACACAAAGUAUUGUUUUUACUGCACACACAGCCAUCUAUCAUGAUCCGUUGCUCAACGCUUCAAGGGCCACUAAACUUUCAUGUCAGACAGACUGAUUGAAACUCGACCGUGACCUCGCGUGCUUGAGGGAAUGUGCUCCACAGAGGGUCACAGUUCAUAAAGGCUCCUUAGAAAGAGGGUUCAAAGUUCACAGUCCAGGCUUGGGUAUGAUCUUCCUCAAGGGAUUCUCCCACUGCUGUCCAAGUCUCCUUGCAAGUUAUCCCCUUAACCUAGGGAGUGAACGGAAAUAGCAGGCUGCGCCCAAAAGAAAGGAAGAGCCUGAACCACAUUGGGUUAUAAGGAAGGGCAACAUUUUUGUAAUAUUAAGAAUCAGAAUAACAUGCAAGAAGGAAGUUUCUGCGUCCUCUGCAGUCACUGGCAUGCACCCUCAUGCCCUCAGAGGGGCAUGUGGAGAUUUCAACUGGAGACAUGCUUGUCAUGGACUAUUAGAGGAGGAACGAGAGAGAGCACAGACAAGGCUUUGUUAGCUCUAAGGAGAGGCCAAUUAGGAUAUCUGGAAUCAAAGCCAGACCUAGAAGCUAGGCCACCACAGUGUUUUGUUCACAGUGUUUAGAGGCUGUCUACACACAGAUGUGCAGCUGCAUCCAUGCUGAUGGAGAACUACAGAGAAUAAAAGACAAAGAAGUGCUUAAUUCCUGUUGUUAUAAGAUGACAAAAGUAACUGUACAGAAAACAAAUUUGGUGUAACCUGUUGGUUUGAUGGAAAAGUUCAUAAUAAUUGGAGUCCUCAAGAUUUACUUUUGUAGCAAUGCUCCAAAUGACUGUGUAAAAGAUAGAGUAUCCGUCUCUACCUCCUUACCCUGUACAAAAGUGAAGCCAAAAUACCCUCUGCAUGGAUCCCUCAGCAGUUCAUUAUGUUCAUGGUAUAUUCAUUCACUUGGGGAGCUGUUAUGUCGUCCAUACCUCAUAUGUUUGAUGCAUUUUCCUUUAAGGCAAUUGUGUUUGUGUUUCCUGACACACAGACUCCCAGAUAAUGGAUGGACUGGACUCACAUCUCCAUCACUCAAAGGCAGGCCGGCCAGCUUCUCAACCAUAUCCACAUCUGUCAGCAUGUUCAGACAUGCCACACUCCCCACAAACAGAGAAGUUGAGUUUCAGCCACAUCAGUGGACUGCUUGAACUGGGCAUUAUUUGUUUACCAGGUAUAUGAUAUAAAAUUACCCCAACACUUUAUCAAAAGGUCUCUGCAGGCUGUUUUAUUUCUGUACUUUAGUGAGUAUUUUUCUAUCAAAAUCUUCGGUUUAAGACAUCUGUGGCCACCGUUGAAAAGUGUCCAAAAGGGUUGAAAAUCUUUUACACAGAGUGAGACUGUAUUGGGUUGUUGAUUUAUCUUCACAGUAAAAUCUGUAUCUGUCACAAGAUUGAUCACACACUCACACAUAAAUUAACAAUAUUUCUGCACUCAAAUCUGUUACAUAUUCUGGCUAAAAUGAUCCUCUCACAGUGGGUCAAAGUCUCCACCUAACAUGAAAAGACAAAAGUGUUUGAUCACAAGACUGUCUGUAUGGCAGUCUGCUUCUCACCACCAUUAUGCUCGGAGCUCUUGUGAUAUUCAAUCAACUGCAGCAAUCCAUUUCUGCAAUCAGAGCAGUGCAGAUGUAACUACUCAUGGGUAAUCGUUUUUACUUCAACUUCCUAACUUCACACAGUUCCAUUAAUCACUAUAUUCAUGAUUAAGCAUUUUAAAAAAGAAAAACAUUGAAAUUACAUCUUUGCUCGGAUGGGUUUUGGACAAGUGCUGCAAGAUUGCAUUGAGGAAACAACAUUACAACAAUCAUUUCCACCCUCAAAACAACCCAUUUAUUAAAGUUGUGGGCGAAAAACGCUUUUUCCAACAUGUCAUCAUGAUUGAAUAUUAACCUCAACAAAACUACUAUUAUAUCCAAUCCAUUUUAUUUUAAAUAGCACAAUUUAAGCAAACACAAGGUUUCCAAAGUGCUGCACAGUAAGAUAAAAAUACAAUAAAUAACACAAUGGGAGCACAAUAGAUAAGGUAAAAAUAAAAUGAGAUGAAACACAGCAAAAUCAAAUAAAAACAAAUACAAUAAAAUAAGUGAAGUCAACCUCCUUUGACCUUUGACAACCCAAAACCUCAUGCAACAUUGUCCCUUUUUUUGUCAAUUAUGAACCACUAACAUUUCCUCUGUCAUGUAACCCUUCAGGCAGCAGGGACAAGACUGGCAGGGCAGUGGUGGAGGUCCACGCUGGCAAACAGGAGUGGAAUUCCCCUCUCGUGUCUGCCCAGAGUCUCUGUGAAUUACUGCUCUACUUACACUCCAUACCAAGGUACUGAAAGCAACAAUAAAAACAUAAGAGGAAGAAUAAGAAGAACUUUAUUUAUCCCCAGAAGGGAAAUUCAACAUGGUAUCUCUGUUUUAAAUAUCUGUAACCAAGAUAACGUGAUAGAUCAGAGUCAUAAAAGGAGGAAAGAAUGGUGUCCAUAUCCCAUGAACAGCCUGACUUAUACUGCUAACUUACUGUGUACCUCCCAUGCGUACCGGUUUGCAAUAUGUGAUUUGACCACAAGAGGGCAGCAGAGCACUUUUCAAAAGUUUUUCUAGACCACAGGAAUGUACUCUAUGUAUCAUGCACUUCUACCUUAGACAAAUAGAUUUUAAGGGAAAUUUCAAUGUACAGAUACACACUAAUGAGGAAAAUAUAGUUCAAACAGACUCAAAGUGUUAUAAGCUGAUCAAUUAUUCGCUGGUUCUUACAUUUUAAGAUCGGCUGGCUGUAACAUUGACCCAUGCUGACCCUUCUCCAGAUAAGUUUCAACACUUAGCCCUCAGAGGUCUACUUUAAACACUCAAACAGUUGUUAUUUGUUUAUACUGGGUUUAGUGAGGUCUUUGAAGUUAAAAAAAGGACAUUUCACCAGAUACUCUGGCCUCCUCUUGUCCCCACUAAAGAGCCAUACCACAACAGACUGUAGCCGGGCUGGCUGCCAGCUGUCUGGUAUGUAGCGUCUCACUAGAAUUAGCAGUAACCCAAGAAAAGCCCAUUAAGAGGAGUGUGUGAAGGCAUAAAAGCAUGAGAUAGGAUGUGUGAAGAAAGGUGUGUGGGUGUAAGAGAGAGUGAAAGAAAAGAUAAACACAGAUUUGAGAGGUGGAAUAAGUUCAUAAGCCCAAGGUUUUGGGCUUGAAAGAUGAGAGUGAUGAAGUGUACGUGUUGAAACAAGACUACAAUCGUUGUUUUCAUAGGAAAGAAGUUGGAGAAUUGGGAAUGACAUUGGUCAUUAAUGCCAGGAAGAAGCCUCCCCCACUUCACUUCUACAAAGCUCUGCUGAUGGCCCAGGUUAGACCAAUAAACCUGCAUGCAUCCAAACAGAUGAACACACCAUGAGAGAAAAAACAUGACAAAAAAGAAAGAUCAAUUUAAGUCAGUAUCAGAUUUUAGAAAAACACAGCCACACACUGUACCGACGAUUCAUUCUACUAGAGGUUUUACACUUUAUCUGAGAGGUGCAGUUUUUGAUUGUGAACACAUUGAUUCUUCACAUUCUUUGUCUAGAAAUGAAUUAAACAUAUUUUCAGUUUGACAUGUAAGACUUUCCUUAUUUGGACCUUCAUCUCUCACAACCUGCUUCAGGAGCAAGCUCUCCAUACUGUCCACAGUAUUGUGAUGCUGGUGGAUAAAGACACUUGUCCUCGUCCUGAAAAACAGCCAGGGUUACAGGUAAGAUCAAAAAUGUCAGUUUUUACCUCAACAUCUUUCCUUUUACUUUAACUCAACACGUCAAAACGUUGAUGUUUUCUUGAUGCUUAAAAUGUGCCUUUUCUCUGAAGAUGGACACGGUGACAUCCAUGAAAGCCCUCAACAAGACAGUAGAAACCUGCCAGCUGACCACUGACUUAGGCGGGACCUUCACUUACAGUCAUAGCGACUGGCUGCAGUUUUAUCAGGUAAUAAAGUUGAUUCUGUGUUUACGUCACUGCUGCAGCUGUAGUAUCACAGCACACCCCUACUUUGCUUUACUGCGGAGUUUCCCCAGAACUGCCGUUUAACACGCCCUGAUCAAACAUCCAUCGCCUUUAAGUGAGUCAAGGGAGGAUGUGGUCAUCCCAACAAAGGGGUUUGUUGUAGUGUUCACUGAAAUGGAAAUCACUUGUGGUUGAAAGGGGACUAAUAUUUCACAAGUGGUGAUACAACACUUAUGUCUGAUCAUACAGCCUCAGGAAACCUAAAAAAAAAUUGUGUAGAAGUCAUUCAGAGGUGGUGUUAAAUCAGGCAACGUACCAGGUUUUGUGCACGGUUCGUAUUUGUUUAAAGCUGAUUGAUGUAAUGCCCAAAGAACAUACAGCAUACGGUUAAAAAAACUUAGUCAUCUUUCAGGGCUUUAACCAGUCAGACAAAGGAGGGGAGCUGAAGUCUGCCAUAUGCAGCAUUAGCCAUGUUUACAUGUGCAAAAUUUCUUCAUCCAAUAAAAAAUUUGAGGGAUCAGAUAACCAGAAUCCACUGUUUAUAUGGGCGCAAAGUCAAAUAAUCUGAUCAUGAUGUGCAUAUACGUGCAUCAAGUUUAAUCAGAUUAGAAGCAUUUGGACAUGUGCAGAGUUGUCUGAGUUUGCUAAAACAACAGCAGUAGAAGAAUUGUAUUUACGUCUGUGCUGUCAACAAAUCAACAUCCAAUUCAGGAGUUUCCCCCUGUUAAAUGGUGUCACUAGAUGGCACCCUUGCGUACUUAUUUUACUGUUCUGUCAAAGGUUGCACUGUGCGUGCAGAUGUGACAUCAUUACGCUGCAUGCACACCUUGUUAUGUUACCGGAGGAGCAGACAUGAGACCUGAGGAUGUGUUUAAUGCCAGAGUGUUAAUAAUGAAACAUCCUGUACUGGCCUCAAUAAAUAAGCCAAAGGCUAAAGAGCAAAACCCGAGUCAGGUUCGACGGUCACGGUCAGAAUACGUGUUUACAUGGACACGUUUUGGAAUAUCGAUCGGCAUAAACCACCUCUCCUGAUUGAGAUACAAUUUCUUUCCGAUUGAGCCGAAUUGGAUCAGAAUCUUCCGAUCGACAUGUUUACAUUAGCUUUUUUAUUCUGAUUGGACAUUUAUUCUGAUUAUUUGUGCCCAUGUAAACGCAGCUAGUGAUUGUAAUGUUGAAGCCUAGACCAAAUACACUGGUUGCAGAAUGACUCUGAUGUGUUGUUAUUAAUAAUAAACCAAAAACUAAACUUUUAUUUUUCUGUAUUUGGAACCCUUAGAAUAAAGCAAACUGUAAGAAAUGUAAUCUGUGGUUUAAGAGGGAAUUAUGCAACCUGUAACAAAUAAAUCACAUGGAUUAAAUUUGCACAACCACAGUAAAGACAAAGGGAGGCACUGAUGUACAUCCCAAGAACUCCUGAAGAUUGCUUCAAUCAUCUGUGCUUGUAGUUAUUCUCAGAUAACAAUCAUAUCUCAGUAUAAAUGCUCUCAGGCUGUGAGAAACACCGUCUGUGAUGAUCUCUGUGGUUUACAAACAGCAGACUUUAGGCAUCUCCUCACCUCAAGAGUUCUGGCAUCAUUUCAUUGCAUCAUAUUUUUGUUCACCUCUAAAUCAUACAUUGGCUCAUUUCAGAGGCUGGUUUCUUUCAUGACUGACCUGCGGGGAGCAGACUGCUUGUUGCAGAAGGCCAUCAAAAAAGUGGAUGGCAGCAAAAAGAUUGACUCUGCAGAGGUAACACUUAAACAUUCAGCGUUUGAUGUUGUGUCCUUAGACUAAACCAGGAGAGGUAUGUUGACUUAACUUCGGUUGUAUCGAUUGUAGGAGGUGCAGCAAUGCAUCCGGGAACAGAGGGCCUCAAUGAAAGAGGUGCUAGAGGACGUUCGAUUGGUCACCCUGCAGAGAGAGGGAGGGGCUUUGCUGGCCAGAAUGAAGAAAGAGGAGUUCAGGUUCCCACAGUCUGAAGACUACAGGUAUCACAUCUGAUCUGAGUCUUCAAAUCCUCUGCUUGUUGAGUGAAAACUGCAUUAUAAAUGAGUGUGCAGAUAAAAAAAUCUUAAAUAUGUGAUCACAUUAUGAAGUGUGGAUGCAGUUUUAAGUGAUUGAACUGUAAAACUAGACUGUUAAGUGGAAAAAAACAACAUUGUUGGUGCUUCCAGUAUUCAAGUACAUUUUUAACUCUGUGAAUUCAUUCUUUUCAUGAAGUGUCAUAACUUAUUUCACUAAAAAAGGUAAAGAUAACUUUUUUAUCCCAACACAAAACAUUUAUGGGGUUCAAAUAAAUGCUUAAAAUCAUUUAUCUCAGACCAAUAAUGUAUCUGGGAAUAGACAGACAUAGAAACAUAAACAUGUUAUUUCAUGUUAGACUGAGUUAUGCCCGCAUUUACAUCAAAUCAUCACAUAUUCACAUUAUUUACACUUGAUUGUUUUGCAAUCAGAGCGUUGUGGCAAUACACAUUUAUCAAGGCAACAAGCAGCUGAAAGCAGUGUAUAUCAUGCACUUCAUUUCACAGCUUUAAUUAACCUAUUAGUUCCUCCACAUAUUAAGUUUUUGAGAAAGAAUAGUGUCUCCCCUCCAUUUUGCUACCUGACAUUAAAUAAAAUGAAAGUGUCCUGCAGUCAUGUCUUGUGUUAUUUGUCUAAGUCUCUGUUAAUGUUUGCCACAGAGAUGCUCUGGAGUCAGUGACGAGUCUGUAUAACCAGGUGGAGGAGAAUCUCCACAUGCUGGUGAUGAGAUCAAAUGAGUCUCUGCAGCAGCUGGAGUCCCUCUUCAGACUCAGAGAGACGGAGGCCAGAAUAAGCACGGUAAUAUUAGCCACCACCACUAUAUCUCAAAAUCUAUUAAUGUUAUUGACACUCAGAGCUCGCUAUGCUAUAUUGUAUAACUUCAUAUCACACCUUCUGCAGGCUGGGAUGUGGUUCAGUACUGAGGGUGAACAGAACCUGGAGGACUCUUAUGCAACAUCUGAUACCCUGGCAUGCAGUGAAGAAACCUUCCAGCACUUUGAUCUGUUACUGAAAGACUUCAAGGUAUUAGAGCAGCAUAAUUAAGCAUUUCUACAAACAACAAGUUACUCUUACUGGGAAGUCAGUGUUUAUCUGGUACACCAAAAGUUUCCAUCUGUUUCCGUAAGUUGAAGCUGUGAUAACACAGAAUUUUUUUCCCUUUUUCGUAGGAAAGGCAGCAGCAAGCUUUGACCCUUGUGACGGAGGCAGAUGGAAUUGUUUCCAUGAGUGAUUCCAGUCCUGCAAUAGAUAUUUUUCGCACCCUGAUAAGCACUUUCAAAUCCAAUGUGGAUGAUUUUAUACUGCGAGCAGAGCAGAGAUACAAGGAAUUAGAAAAAGUGGUGCAUGUGCAUCGCUUCUGUGCACAGGUUUGUGCUUGCCACAUGUUUUCACUUAUCAGACGUUCCUUAUUUAAAGGGAUAUUCUGGCAUAAAAUUAAUUUAGGGUCAAACACACCGUAACACCAAGUUAGACACCCCGUCGAGAGAUGAAUGUUGCCGACCGCUUGCUUCUCUAGUUAUACCAACUUUAGUAAUGACCGCAGAUAGCAAUACAGAGAGCCACGCGCUCAACCAAAACGCCACUCUAUAGCCACAAAUAAUGCUCAGAACAGCACCUAACUUUAUAGACAGUACAUAUAGGGUCCCACCCACAGUACUAGCCACCAAACAUCUUUUUAGCUUUGCCUGGUUUCUUUAGCAAAUAGACUCACCCAUCUCUCUCCCAGCAGCCGCUUGUUUGUACUUGUUUGUCCAUCACCAACUGCAGCGGGGUGACGCAGCUCAAGGAAAAACAUUUAUGAUCAUAUCUUCAUGGAAAUCUAAUCAGACCGAGACGCUAAAGCAGAAGAACUACCACGUCUGCAGUGCAAAAUGCUUGAUAUGAUGAUUAUUACUUAAAGGAAAUGAUAAAGUAAUGAUCAUAAAUGUUCUUCCUUGAGCUGCGUCACCCCGCUGCAGUUGGUGAUGGACUUGUCCGAGCUCUGCCUACGAACAAACGGCUGCUGGAAGAGAGUAGGUGAUUUGUGUUUAGUCUCUUUGCCAAAGAAAUCAGACAAAGCUAAAAAGAUUUUUGGUGGUUAGUGCUAUGGCUGGGGCCCUAUAUGUACUGUUGAUGAAGUUAGGUGCUGUUCUGAGCAUUAUUUGUGGCUAUAGAGUGGCUUUUUGGUUGAGCAUGUGGCUCUCAGUAUUGCUAUCAUGCGGUCGUUACUAAAGUUGGUAUAACUAGAGAAGAAAGCGGUCAGCAACAUUCAUCUCUCGAGGGGGUGUCUAACUCAAUGUUACGCUGUGUUUGACCCUAACUUAAUUUUACACCGGAAUGUCCCUUUAAGUGUUUGGUAAAAUGCUAUUUGUGCACAUAUUUCUGACUGAUUUCUGUAAACGUUAAAACUCAAUACGGUCUUAUCCCAUUAUUUCUUUCUGUCUUUGUCUGAAGGCCUCUGCCCUGGCCAAAGAAUGCAGUCAUUUCCUGGAGAAGGUAGAGCAGGGGUGUUACUCUGCUCAGACCCAGAGCACACUCCAGAUGUAUGCGGAGAGAUUAGGUGGUGAAUUCUCCACCCAGCACUUCCAGGCUGUGAAAGCUAAGGCCUGCUCAGUGGGAUCGAGGGCCUCAGGGGUGAUGAGAGUUUGGAAUGUAACCUGGGUCGAGUGCCAAGAAGUCAGGCAGCAUCUAGAGGAGAUGCAGAAGAAAAAGAAGAAGGAAGGCGUAGAUAAGAACCAGAUCCAACAGACCACAGCUGCUAACCUUCAGGAGGAGGAUGGGGGAGCAGGGAAGCCUGAGAGAAGAAGUGAGGUGGGGGAAGAUAAAUGCUCCAUGACCCAACAGCUGGCCCCUCAGAAAGACACAGUCAGUAUCUCAGACAGGGAAGGACUAACUACUACUGCUGAACCCAUCAACCACUGUCUUAAAAAUGACUUAACUGAGAGUGAAAAGGGGGAAUCCACAGGGCUUAAUCCACCUGAAUCACCUGUUAAAAAAGAAGAAAUGUCUCCUGUGUCUUCAAUAAACAGUGACUGUCUCCAAAAAAACAAACACCACAGCGAGGCGGAUCUGAAGAGCACAGACUCGGCUCACUUUCAACCGCACCAGCCUCUGGGUCGGUCCCUGAGUGAGGGUGCAUGUGUGAGCCCACACUUCACGAUUCUCUCUGGCUUUUCACCUUUGAAUGUAAGACACAAACACUGUCAGAUCAGGACUCCACCACUGGAACAGAAUCUGCUGCCACUCCAAAAUCUGCCCAGUUCCCAGAACGAGAGUGUGCAGUCAGGAAACCUGAGCUGGGAGUCAAAAAGAGACAGCAGUGAGGAGGUGGGUGCGGGAUGCACAGACCCUCAGAAAGGCCUGACAAAUGUAAGGACUUCAGAGACAUUAUUCACACCAACAGAGAACAAUGGCGACAGUGUUUUGUGAGUACUUCCCUCUUCUUCUGUCUGCUGUAAUCAAAAGUUAGAUGUGACUGAAAAUCACAUAGGUUAGAGUCAUAAUGGCACCAGCUGAACAAUAAUCCAAACUAACACAUGUAUGAUGUAAAGUUGAGUUUCAUCCCCUUUCACUUUCAAUAAAACCACUGAUUUUAUAUUUUUUAUCUCCACCCUGGGGAACAGGAGACUUGGAAGGAUAAUGGAGGAGCUGCUGUCCACAGAGAGAGAGUAUGUAAAGGCUCUGGGUUAUGUUCGAGAGCACUACUUCCCUGAGCUGGAGAGAGCUGAUGUUCCUCAGGAUCUCAGGGGUCAGAGAGGGAGCAUCUUUGGUAACUUAGAAAAACUCCAUGACUUCCACCGACAUAAUUUUCUUGACGAGUUGGAGAGCUGCAUCAAUGAACCCCUCCGAGUGGGACGCUGCUUUCUGAGACAUGUAGGUGACAGGGUUUGGUUUUAAGAUGUUGGUGGGUCCCUCAAGAGCAAAAUCACAUACCUGUUUUAGAGAUAAGGCAUAGAUGGAUGCUUCACUGAGUAGUUGUUGUUUCCAUGAUAAAACCAGGUUUGGGCUGAAGUCAGCAUAUGCAAUGUGGUUAGUGAUGCACGUUUCCUGUUGCGCUGAGAUAAUAUGGUUAACAAAAGCCCUUCCAGAUGUUUCCCCACUGCAGACUGAUGCUAUGUCUAUGGUUCCCAAAAAAUCAGGGAACAGAUUCAGUAGAAAUAAGUAAAAAGCUAAUCUGAUACAGCUGUGGUGUCUGUGCGACAAAUGUUUUGAUUUAGUAAUAAUCAUGUUGUCUUAAUCUCUAUUUUUGUUCUUUCUAAUCCAGAGGGAGAGCUUUGCUCUGUAUGCCCUUUACAGCAAGAACAAACCACAGUCUGACAGUCUUCUCAUUAAUCACGGACAAGCUUUCUUCAAGGUGGGAACCAUUACCAGACUCUUAUUGUUCCACUUUUUCUUUCUCUUUUACAACUUUACUCUUCUUAAAACCACAUCAUGAAUUUUUCUCAAACAUGGGUGUUUUUUUUUUUUUUUUUUAAAUUCAGACAGGAUCAGAGUCUAAUCUUUAAAAGCAGUAUUUUUUUUAAAGAAGAAUUAGACAAACAAUGAAAAAUAUUGUAAUGAUCCAUAGCAGCUGUUGUCAGUGUCCUAUAUUAUGAUAACAGCUGUGUUGGGCUGGACUGCAACACACCAGAGUAAACCAGCAACGUUAGCAUGGUAACAUGCGGUUUAAAAGCGUAAUGUUAACCGUUUUCAUGUUUCAGUUUCAUCUUUACAAUGUACACAAUGGCCAGGUGGAAAGUUUGUCAAGUGCAUCUGAGGAUGAAUUUUUUUAAGCUUUGCUAAAAAGUUGUUCAAAAAUGAAAGCUGUUGAAAUAAAAGCUUUUAUAUGGGUCACCUCUGACUUUAGGGAGAGAUAAGUUUUUAAGUGACACCUUGUUUUCUUACCUUUUGUUCUGUACAUAAUUUGAAAUCCUAGUGGAAGCCCGCACACCUUCAUAACAGUGCCUUAUUAACUCAGCCUUUGCAUUACUCUGAGCCUUGAAAAGGACAGUGGCUACCAUGGUAAUAACUAAUGGGGAUCUUAAAUUAAAAAAAAAACAUACUCUGAUUGCACCAACAGUGCAUAUCUAGUUGUUUAUGCAUUUAUUCAGUGACUCAACAGGUUAAGUUUAAAGCCAGGGAGCCUGUUUUCAAGUACCACAUCCUCUGUAAGUGUGUGUAACUGCUGAGCUAAACCCACAGCAGUACAUUUGCUGCCCUUCUGCAGAUUAACACUGAGCUCUUUCUUCUCACCCAUCAGCAAAAACAGCAGAAACUAGGGGACAAGAUGGAUCUGUGGUCCUACCUGCUGAAACCUGUGCAGCGGAUCAGUAAGUACAGUCUGCUGCUGCAGGACAUAAUGAGGGAGUGUGGCCCUGGACAAACCAGAGAGAUCACGGAGGUCAAGGCCGCCCUGGAGGUCAUCAAUUUCCAGCUUCGCCAUGGUAACAACCUGCUAGCCAUGGACGCCAUCCGUCAGUGUGAUGUAAGGAGUUUGUUUGCUCAAAUAUUUUCAUAGAAAGGGGGAUUGCAUGUCUUCUGUACUGUUAAUUUACAGCCUGCAGUGCAAAUACACUCUAAAUGUACUGUAGAAAGAUAAGACUUGAAUACUUGCCUCUUGAUGAGCUGAGCGACUCAUGUGGAAUCUGUCCAAUGAUGACGAAAGCAGAGGAGGGAAACAGGUCCAGACAUGACAUCCUUUAUUCAGGGAUGAUGAGUGGAGUGAGGAGUUCAACUCUAAGCAUGCAUAUCUGGACCUGAAUGUUUAUAUUCAUAGUUAUUAAUCUAGGGUAGGAUUACUGGAAAAGAGUAAAGCCAAGUAAUUGAUUCAUCUCUUCUAUGGAACAAAGAGAGGGAGUGAGUGAAACGUUGGUGGACUAAAGCUCCAUAAUCUCCGAAGCUAAGAUAAAGGGAAGGAUGUUUGAAUCUUAAGAAUUUCUAAUGAACUUUAUGGCCUCAAAGAGUAACAAUAAAGUUUAUAAUAUAUGAAAAAGGUGUGUAUUUACUUCCAUUUUCCCACUCACGACUUGUUCUACUUUUGGUCUUUAAAAAAAAUAUCAAGUGGGCUAGCGCACCCCAUGCAUGGGGAUCACGGUCCCCACAGCGGUCGUGGGUUCAAGUCCAGCCCUGACCAUGAGCUGCAUCUCCUCCUCCCCCCUCUCUCUCUAUCUCCUUAUAUUUCUACACUGUCCUAUCCAUAAAGGCAAAAAUUGUCAAAAAAAAAACUUUAAAAAAAUCUUUGCUGAUUUCACUAACUGGCUCAAUCAAACCUUCUGUUCUGACCUGCAGGUGAAUCUGAAGGAGCAGGGUCAAAUCAUACGUCAGGAUGAGUUCUUGGUCACAUUCAGGAAGAAAAAAUGUUUCCGCCAUAUUUUCCUCUUUCAUGAACUUAUCCUCUUCAGCAAGACCAGGAAGACUGAUGUAGGAAACGACACCUACGUCUACAAACAGUCAUUCAAGGUACACCUUUUAUACCACAUACACAGUAUAAUAUUCAGCUCCAUUUAUACAUUUGUAUCAGAAGCGCAAGUGAAUGCAGCAGAAGGAAGCGCCAGUGUUGCUAUCACUUCCUCUUUACAACAUGUUAGUACAUGAUUGCUUUCUCCAUACGUAAGCAGAGUGCAACCGUCAGUUAUUAUAGUCUGAUUAAUCAGAGACUCAUCUGUUGUUUAGAAAAUGUAGUUUUCCAUAGUUUUUAAUCACUUCAAGGAAAGUUUUGAAUCGUGGAGAAUAAACACAGAAGAGCAAACGAGAACAAAAACUGUGAACGCCUUAGAUAACCUUUGAACAGCAGUUUUUAACUAUUGCAAUGAUGACGAUUUUUAUGUAGGACUAAAUUGUUUUUUGCUCAAUGCUUACUGUACAUCUUCUGACCUUCGCUCUGUUUUGUUGGCUCUUUGAUGCUCAGUAAUACUUCACACUCCACUGUGAAAAAUACUGUUUUUUAUCACCAGUGUGUUUUAACUGUUUGUGUUUGUCUUUUCUUACACUCAGACGUCAGAUAUAGGCAUGACCCAAAAUAGUGGUGACAGCGGCCUGUGCUUUGAGAUCUGGUUCAGGAAGAGGAAAACACAGGACACGUAUACACUUCAAGCAGUUAGCCGAGAAGUGAAGGAAGCCUGGACCAAGGACCUGGAGAGGAUCCUGUGGGAGCAGGCAGUACACAACAGAGGUGAAAAAAAAAAGGCUCAAACAAUCCAGACAGGUUACAAAUGACUUCUCAACUAAUACAGUGACACAUAUAAAUGGUUUUAAGGUAUACAGACUCAUAUCCACUAACAUUUACUUUUCUGUGAAGAUACUAAUUUAAAGGUUUGUUUAAAAGAAGCUCACUAAUCUAGCCUACUGUGAUUAAAACUGUCAACAUUUACAGUGUCCUUAUCUGCAGAUAUGAAUAUUUGUAAUAAUUCUUGCAAACACAGAAUAACAGUAGAUAGAAGAAGCUUCUGUUUGAUAUAACAAAUGCAAAAUCAACAUAAGCAGAUCUGUCAGGAGAAUAGAGAUAUUUAUCUGUGAUACAAACAUCCCUUUUCCUCCCCAGAGCCAGCUGCUGUUACUUAACCCGUGUACUGUUUACAUUUUUAAAAUGUAAAGCAUUUCAAGCUAAAGAUUCAGUAUGUGCUUUCAGAGGUGCGUAUGCAGGAGAGAGUGUUCAUGGGUAUCGGAAACAAGCCUUUCAUGGAUAUCCAGCCAAGUGAUGCAGCUAUCCACGACAGAGCGGUCAACUGUGUGCUGAUUGGAAGAGGUAAAACAGGUUUAGUUCAUUAUUCAUCACUUUUAUUGUUGAUUGCACUUUUUUUUUAACCCACUCACACCUUGUUUCUCCAGAAAACAAGAUGCAGCCUUCUGUAGGACCAUGUGGUCCACAAGACGGGCCACUCGGAGGGAGGCCGAAAUCUGUUGGUUCAGGGAGCUGCUCAUCCUCCUCCUCUUCCUCAGGGAGAGGUUCCCUGUCCCCUGUGGGCUACCUGUGUGGGCCAAAACGUAGAGUCGUCUCAGGAGGUCUUGGAGGAUACGUUUCAUCUCCAGGAGUUUUGGAGGAAGAUGACCUAGACCAUGAGAGUGGGAGUCAAAACUUGUUGUGUGAGUUUCGUUCGCUCAGCAGUACAUGUGUGCUUUAUGAUUACAGGAUUAUUCAGAAUUGAUCACAAAUAAACCUGACAUAUUGGAUGCAAACCCUCACCCAGUGACCCAACAUACCCACCACACAGUGUCAUUAAAGGCCCUUUUACAACUUCACUGGGGAUGCUGAGUUUUAUUGUCCUCUCUGCUGGGGUCAAAGGUCAGAGGUCCAGGCCACAGUUUUUUUUUUAAAAGGCCAAGGCUAUUUAAACUGAGACUUUAUUUUUGAACCUUGACAGUCCAUAAUCAAAUGUUUUCUGUGUCUCAGUGGACAGCUCUGAGUCAUCAGGAGAGAGUGUGAGUGGCUUCAGCAGCUCCAGCCACAGCUUUCACUCUGCUGUAGGAGGCGAGGUGGAGGACGCUUCCUCACUCUGUGCCUCUGCAAUCCCUGCCAAGGAGGCAGCGGCUCCUGCAGCUGAAGUUGUCCAGAAAACAACUGCUCUGGCAGGAUCCCCAGAAAAAACCCAACCACCAGUUGCAUCCAAACCUAAACCACAACACCAGACCAAGGAAGUGCCCUGUGGCAAGGUAUAAUAAGAAGUGCACAACCAUUAAAUAUGAGGUUGUUUUAUGGUUAAAAACAUCAGAAAGGCACUCAGACUCAUACUUGAUAUACCACAGAUUAAAAAAAUGUGUUUUUUUAACUGAUUGAUCAGCUGCUGUGUCUUAAUAUUGUAUUGAUAAUGUUCUUUGAAUAUUUCAGGGUCCGAAUGUCAGUGUUGGAAAAUCCACCGAAGUUUAAACUGUGAGAUACGGUACAACGUGAGUUGAAAAUGUUCAGAGUCCAGUAUUUAACUAGCAGCCAUGUUGUUAUGUGCAGGAAUAUGGCUACAAUACAUCAUAUUUAGAAAAGCCCCCUGUACCUAAGGUGUUAAACUUGUCUUUACAUUUUAUAGCACUCCUAAAAUUUAAUAUUAAGAAAAAAAAAGCACAAUCACCAAGGAUUAAUACAAAUGAAUGAUUGUACAGAAGUUAUUAUAUUGCUAUCACACUUUUACAAAUGUGUAAAUAAGUAAUCUUUUGCUGAAUGUAAAUUUAAAUCUGUCAAUUUCUUACAGCAUUCAAGGCCUGCAAAAAAUGUCGAGAGCAGUCUGUUGGUGCCAGCACUGAGGAUCUAAACAUGCCUGCUAUCAUACCAGCUGUUACUGUAAUCCAUUACCACUCUGUAAAUAGAUCAUCUUUUUAAUCCCACCACAUAAACAAUAGGUCAGACACAUUUCUAUAAAUGUACUGUACUUUGAAGUUAAACUUGUGUUUAAAAUGUAUACCUGACAUUGCUUGAUGUAAAGGACUUUGUAGCUCAUGCAAAAGAUCAUUGACACAACAGACUGCGCUUGCCUCUUAGCUCAUAUUAAAAUGCUAGAUUUUGAAUGUGGUUAUAGACUGGUGCUUCAUAAUCCUGGCUAAGUAAAACCAUCAUACAUUAACACUAAUACCUGGUUGCAGAGGAGUUUUGAAUUUUUUUAUACAGCCAAUAAUCACAAUAACACUAUGUAUUAUGUCUUAUUGCCUUUUGUACAGAUUUGUAAAACCUAAUUGCAGCAUAUGUCUAACUUAAGUCCUCUAAAAUGAAAGACCUUUUCAAUUGACCAUUUUUGUAUAAAUUAAUAAAUUGCUGUAAUCCAGAUACUGAUCUUUGUAACAGCUGUACGAGUUUCUCUUUAAGAUACAGAAAAUUUGCAGUGAUGAUGAAUAUGUCGACUUUGCUUUCUACCACAAUGUGUUUUAUCUGCAAUAAACUCAACCAACAGUCUUGGAGUCAGAUCAGACAUUUACAAACUAAAAUACUGGUGGCUUAUCUUUGCCUUUAAUAUGUAUUUGCAGACAAAGAAAAAAAUAAAGUAAAUGAAAUAUC